AUCAAGAACUUCUUAAAGCAAUGAUUUGAUGGUCAAGUGAGAACGAUUAUGGUUGGAUCUGAAGUCUUCAGGAAGGUAGAUCUCCAGGAACAGGGUUGGUGACUACUGCUGUAGGAGUAUGUAGUCACAGACGAGCAGACUAAGGAAGAGUUUUACCUGUAGGCUAUUAGGUUCUUACUAGGUUCAUUUCCAUUCUCUGUGUCACUGAGUCACUUCACAUAGCCUACUCUUUCCACUGUGUGGUCACUUUACACUUUAAUACAGUGCAAGACGCAUAUGUUGUGUAAUUCUCAGUUUGUGCCUACAAAUUGCAUGAUCAUUUCAACGUUAAUAACGUCGGGGUGAAACACAGAAAAGCAGUGACAGAAUAUCGAUGAUCCACGCUGACAUGGAGACCAAGACGGUGCUCAGGCCACGCCCCCAGGCGCGAGUGAGUCUACGGUGUCCGUGGAAAUCGUCGCGAGCGUUCACCGGCCGCUCUGUAGACACGGCCUUAGCGAAAGACGCCUGCCGUCCAAGCGCCGAUGACGAAGACUGGGAGUAAAACCUCAAGCGUAAUGGAGGCCGAAGUUCGAAAGCAACAUGAAUGACAAGUACCACAGGGCAGCGCGAGAUGGCUACCUGGACCUGCUGAAAGAGGCCACGCGGAAGGACCUGAACGCGCCAGAUGAAGAUGGCAUGACACCGACGCUCUGGGCCGCGUACCACGGCAACCUGGACGCGCUCAGACUCAUUGUGGCGAGAGGAGGGAAUCCUGACAAGUGUGACAUAUGGGGGAACACACCACUCCACCUGGCUGCUUCCAAUGGCCAUCUCAACUGCCUAUCCUUCCUGGUGUCCUUUGGUGCAAACACAUGGUGUCUAGACAAUGACUACCACACCCCUCUGGACAUGGCUGCCACCAAGAGCCACAUGGACUGUGUACGAUACCUGGACUCCAUAGCUGCCAAGCAGACAGCUCUUAAUCCCAAGCUGGUGGCGAAGAUGAAAGACAGAGCCUUCCGUGAUGCCGAACGUCGCAUCAAAGACUGUGUCAAGAUGCAGCGCAAGCACCACCGCCGCAUGGAGCGCAAGUUCCAGAAAGAAGCCACAGACGCUUCGUUUUCUGAUGCCAUGAGCUUCUCCAGCUACACCAGCAGCACUUUUAGCCGCAAGCUGCACCCCUUCAACACUGCCACCAGUGUGCCAUACUCACAGGCUACUCUCCAUGCCACAGCCAGAGGCAAAACCAAAAUCCAGAAGAAGUUGGAAAAAAAGAAGCAGGGUGAUGGGACCUUCAAGAUCUAUGAGGAUGGAAGGAAGAGUGUGCGCUCUCUUUCUGGGCUACAGCUGGGUAAUGAUGUCAUGUUCCUAAAGCAGGGCACCUACUUAACCUCAAAAGACCGUGGUCGGCGAAACAUCCGUGAUAUGUUCCCACGGGACAAUGAAGAUGCCAUCUCACGUGCCAUUAGCGAGCCAGACCUGCAUGGAGCAGACAUGGACCACUCAGAGAUCAGCACUGACUCGGGCCAUGACUCACUUUUCAACCGGCCUGGCCUGGGUACCAUGGUCUUCCGGAGGAACUAUGUGAGUGGGGGACUCUUUGGCAUAGGCUCUCGUGAUGAGGGCAGCAUGGCCAGCAUUGGGAGGGCACCAAAUGUCCGUCUACGCAGUCGUCUUCAGCGAUCCCCCAGUGUAGAUGAGGAUAGUAUCGGCAGUGCUCGAAGCCUUCAGGCAAGGAACAUGGAGGAGCUUCCCUGGGAUGAGGUGGAAUUAGGACUGGAUGAUGACGAUGAGCCAGAGAGUAGUCCACUUGAGGUAUUCCUGGCUGCCCAUUGCAUGAAUGAGUUCAUCCCUAUCUUUAAACGAGAGAAGAUUGACCUGGAUGCGCUGCUGCUGUGCUCUGACAAUGACCUCAAAAGCAUCCACAUUCCUUUGGGACCCCGUAAAAAAAUCAUUGAGGCAUGCAAGAGACGCCUGGACACCAUUGAUGAUCCCGACAGCAUAGAAGACACACAGUUGUAAGUUGACCCCCAGGGUGUUUCCUAAAUUAUUCACACCUGAAAUUCUUGCAAAGAGUCACUAGGGAUUAGUAUUAUGGGAUUAGUGUUAUUAGCCUCCAUUGUGCCACUGCUUAUCUAUGCAGAGCUUUUUUUUAUUAAGUUCAUAGGGGACCUUUAAAAUGGUUGUGAGCUUUUGAUUUUUCAGAGUAGUCCACAGUUUACUAUGCAAACUGCCAAAAUAUACGCCAUGUCAGCUGUUUGCUAUUUCUCUUUACAGAUAGCACAAAUGUUACUCUGUGAUUUUGGCCAUACCGAUGGUACAUCUCGAUUCAUGUGCAACAGGACAGAAAGACACUCACACUGAAAGGAAGUGUAACUCUUCAGUGGAUUUCAAACAAACAAUGGUACAUGUCACGUUACCAUAGGAAUACAUUUUGAACAUCAGACUGACAAUAGUACCUCCUUUACUGGCACAUACAAGGAAGUAUGCAUGCUAGCAGUAACAACUGAAUCAAACUGAGGUUCCAUGAUUGCCAUACAUAACAGUAAAAACCCUGCUGACAACCCUGAUGAAGUCAGACCCAAUCAGCAUUAUUCUCAUGAUGUGUCUGCCCCUGUGGGGCACGAGUCUUAGUGCCUGUGCUUCCAGUGCAUGCAAAUAUCUCUGUAAAUUGUAAUUUUAGGCAUGAUGUAUUGUAUUAUAAGAUAUUUUUAUGACACAAACUUAUAUAGAUUAUGCUGAAUGUGGAGCAUGCAUAGGCAGAUUUGAAAAGCUUGUGUUUCAAAUCCAGGAACUUUUUACACACUGCCUAAGUGAUGUCAAACACAGAUUAUAGGUCGCCAAUAUACCUGGCAGCAAAUGUGGGAACACUGUCUUUAGAGGUCAAUGAAUGCCUGUAUUGUGAACUUUUUGGCCUCCAUUAGUUUGUUUACAUUUGUCAAGCCAUACUUCUGUUAAAGACUUGGGGCAUACAGUAAAUACAGUAAAUCUUACUAUUGUUGAUUUCUGUUUUUUGUUGGGUUUUUUUUUUUUUUUUGCACUAAUGCCAUAUUACUACAGAGAAAUUUCCUUUCAACAUACUAUUAAUCUCACAUAAACCUAUGAAUAUUUGAUAUACAGUACAUGUAUAGAUUUCAGUGCAUUCCAACCCAAAUAUUAUGUGCUCUUGUACAUAACUUUUGUUCAUGUGCUUUAUAUAAUUUCAUAAAAUGUAGUAAAAAAAAAAAAAAAGAAGAUGCAAGCUAUCACUGAAAAUCCAUCAAAUUUUAUAUUAUGUUUAUGGGCAUAUUUGAAGACAAUAAACUGGUAAUGUGCCUGUAUCAGUGAACUGUAGAUCAUUCACAAAACACUGAGGUUUUAUAUGUGAUAAAAUAACAAAGCAUAAUGGAAUAAACACUCUAAACAUUGAAAGCGUUUUUUAAAACCUAUAAGAACAACUGUGUGAUUAUGGUAGAAAUUGCACUCUUACUCUUAGAGACCACACACAAGGAAGUUCCUCAUUGGACAAUUCUUAUAUCAGCACACCUGUCCAGAUUUUCUUCCCAGCAUUCACAUCAUUAAAUACCCUUACAUUAUCCAUUUAUUGAAUGAAUACACAGCAUUUUGA